AAACACAGCUUGUCCCACAGCACGUUAUGCAAUUGAGGAAUUUUUGUAACCUUACAAUCAGCUGUUAAAUUCGGCACAAUAACAUCAGUUUUAUAACUCGUAAUUUUAUACAAAGUUUAUUUGAAUUAAAAUGAAGAAAACACAAAACUUAAAUCGUGGCAUAUUGGGCUUUUUUCAAACCCCACUAGGACGUAAUGUGACAGUGGUUGCGACUGGCGCUACUACCUUGGGGUUAUUUGUUGUUAACUUUAUGCCGCAUACAAUGUUUUUAAAACGCUAUAAAGAAUUCGUUCAAAGCUAUCAAAAUGGUAUACCACGCUUGGUGUCCGACAAGGUGAAGGAGCGACUUGAUAAGGCAUUCGAAAUAUUAAAAUUAGAGGAGCAUGAACGCAAAAUUAUACGACCAUUUAGUGUAUAUGGAUUUGAUCUUUUCCAAGCAGGUUCGACUAAGUAUCGGUUUGGAGCUGCAUUAGGAAUACCGGUAAAUUUUGAUUUUGAUGAAGCGAAGGAAAUAAGGCGACAAGAUAUACGUUUUCGUGACAAAGGCAUUGAUUGGAACUCAGAAGCUGGAAAAAUACUGCAAGAAGCAUUAGUUUUGACUGAGGAUGAGCAAAUAUUUGGAUUAUGUAAAUCGAUUUUGCAACUACAGACCCAUCGAGUGUUACUGAACUCAAUAUUUCCAAGUGUUUCGUUUUUAACAGUGUACACAGUCGGACAUUACUUGAAUAUGCGUAUGAAUCUUUUGGCGCGACCUUUUAGUUUGCGACUUGUUAUGUAUUCCAUAUUGGGUUUGUUUGGUGUCGGCACUUGGUCGUUUUUAAAAGACUUUAAUCAAGUAAACUAUGACACUGAAAUAGACAAAAAAUUAAGCGGCCUUGGCCCGCAAUUCGUGGAAGCAGGCGCGGGUUACUAUGAUAAACUUUUAAAGAAAAAUAUGGCACUUCGUGAACUAAUUGGUGAUGAUACUUACACAGCCAGAGGCAAUGUAAACUACUUUAUUCGUCAGAAGUCAUUGCCUUUAACUGUGCAUAAAACUUAUUUCGAAGAGAAACUGAAGGAACUGCAGAGUAAGCAAGCAACAACAGAGGUUCCAAGUUAAUAUGCAUAUAUUUAUGUAUUUAGUUAUGUUGAUUAAUAUAUAAUAUGAAAAAAGUAAUAAUAACGU